AUGGUCUCCUGCCUCACCAAUGCCGGGGACUGCCCCUCCGGAGGAUGUAGCAGACCACUCACCCUCCAGUUUCAGCACUCCUUUAGCAGCACAUAUGGCACAAGAACUAUAAAUCUUGGUUAUUUCUGUUUUACAUUUAAUCAAACUGAACCAUACUGCCAAGAGGGAGCCAAAUGGGUUGAGGAAUAUGGAGGAUGUCCAUAUUGGUCCUGCAGAAUUCAUUACAUUAAGUUCAAUACUGGAUCUCACUCAGGCAACUCACUGGAAGCUUCCUAUGAUGGCUCCCAGGUACACCUUUACAUUCCUGACCCCUGGGAUAAUAGAUGGACAACCGGGGUGAUAGCCAAGGGAUAUCAACCUGGGUACUACACAUACCCCUCAACAACCUUCAAGAUCUGGAGGGAGUAUGUGCACAUGGUCCCUGAGAUCCUUGAUGUACUAAAGGACCAGGCAAAAGACAUUAGGGAAGCAGAAAACAGUCUUCAAAACAAAACCCAGAGGGACCCUAUUUCCUGGCUGUCCCUGGUGCAGGAAGGUGCCAACUUGCUAAAUAGGUCAUAUCUGGCCAAUGUAACUAAAUGUUUCCUUUGUGCCGCAUUGUCCAGGCCCCCACUCAUAGCUGUGCCCUUACCUGGGCCAUUCCCAUCAAACGUGUCAACCUCCACACCUCUGCCCGCCCCCAUUGUGGGAGCCCUCCUAUAUAGAGAUCCUCUAUCCCCACAAUUGCCCUUCUGCUACUCUGAUCCUGGCCAAAUGUGUAACACCACUAACCCUACCAUAUUGGACUCCCUCUGGGCUCCUCCAGGAGGCUACUUUUGGUGUAAUGGCACACUUUCAAAAAAUCUUACCCAACAGGCCCUGACUUCCCAGCUCUGCUUACCUGUCUCUAUGGUUUCCCAGCUUACCAUAUAUGGAAGAGGAGAAUUCUUCCAACUCAUAGACCUUACCUCAAAAAUCCAGCCUUCACCUCAACACAGAACUAGGAGGGCUGUCUUCCUGCUUGUCCUUGUGGGCAUAUCUUUGGCAGCCUCAGUGGCGGCUACCGGUUUCAGCUCUGGUGCCCUGGCUCACUCAAUGAUCCAGACUCAAAGGCUCUCUCAACAGGUCCUGGCAGGCUUUGAGGACUCAGCAACAUCCCUUGCCUCUCUUCAAAGACAGAUAACUUCCCUAGCUCAGAUAACCCUACAGAACCCCUGCACCUUGGACCUUCUUAUGGCAGAUAAAGGGGAAACUUGCUUCUUUCUUUGGGAAGAAUGCUGCUACUAUAUUAACAAGUCAGGCCUGGUGGCAACUCACGUCCAGUCUCUUCACAAGCUCAGGGACGAGAUGCGCCGCUACAAUACUGCCUUGACUGACACCCCUGGCUGGUGGAAUUCACCCCUGUUUAACAUUCUCACCUCACUGAUUGGUCCCAUAGUAAUUAUUUGUCUCUUUCUGCUUCUGGCACCCUUUCUCUUUCAAUUUUUCCAGGACCACCUAUGCCAGUUAACUUGGGUAACCUUCAACAAAAUGAUGCUCCAGGUUCAUGACUACCAGCCUCUCUGCAUGGGGUUCGGCUGCACCGGUCAAACGACCCAAAACAUCCCCAGCCCCUAA